UGCCCAGCUGACCCCAGACCCUCCUCCCCCACCACCUUUCAUGUCACAGCAUCAAAUCCUCAAGACGGGGAACCUGCCCAGUCCCCUCACCCUAUCCCCACUACCCCGUAAGCACCCCUUAGACCUCGGCACCCCCAGCCCUGCUCUGCUCCCGUUCCCCGGAACCUUUUCCAAGCCCAAUUCAUCUCUGAAAGGGGACAGUUCCAGGGACCAGAGUACAUCCCUAAAGCAGGGGGUGCAGCUUGGCCACGCCCCCAUCCCUGCAACUUGACCCGGGCUGCGACCCCCGGCUCUGACGUCUCGGAAAAUUCCCCCCUCCCCUACUCAGGCCCCCCGGGAAGGGUCCAUGGUAUGAAAUGGGGCUGAGACCCCCCUGGCUAGGAGAGAAGGAACCUGCCAGAGAGCAAGCAGAACAAGCAUCCAUGGACCUGUGGAACUGGGGUGAAGCGUCACUGCAGGAAGUGCCUCCUGGGGACAAGUUGACAGGAAUGGAAGGAGCGGAAUUUGGUUUCUAUUUCCCUGAAGUGGCACUGCAAGGGGACACUCCCAUCACACCGAUGACCACCGAUGAUUGCUGGAAAGGGUUCCCAGAGCUGGACUGGAGCCCCGCUUUACCGCAGGAGGAAGUACCUUGUGAGGCGGAGCCGGUUGCUCACCCCCUUCCGUGGUCGCGAGACUGGACUGACCUGGGGUGCAACACCUCGGACCCGUGGAGCCCUGCUUCACAGACGCCAGGCCCCGCCCCUCCAGGCACGAGCCCCUCCCCCUUGGCUGGCUUUGAAGGGGCGACGGGCCCACAUCCUGCCACCUCGGCGGGAGGGGCCCCCUCGUGGUCGCACCCUCCGGCCGCCUGGAGCGCCGCCAGCUGGGACUGUUCCCUGGACACCAAUGGCGCCACCUAUUGGGACAAUGGCCUGGGCGGGGAAGCGCGCGCGGACUCUAUGAUGUCGUGGGGCGGGUCUGCGGGUUCGGACUACACCACCUCUUGGAAUACUGGGCUGCCGGACUGCAGCGUCCCUCGGGAGGCGUACCGAAGUCCAACAUUUAGCACGUCCUCCAAAUCCAGCCAGCAGUCUGAUCGGGCCAGCUUGACUCGCUACCCCAAAAGUAACCACCGAGGUCCCAUUCAGCUGUGGCAGUUCCUCCUGGAGCUGCUCCACGACGGGGCGCGCAGCAGCUGCAUCCGCUGGACGGGCAACAGCCGCGAGUUCCAGCUGUGCGACCCAAAAGAGGUGGCCAGGCUGUGGGGCGAGCGCAAGAGGAAGCCGGGAAUGAAUUAUGAGAAGCUGAGCCGAGGUCUGCGCUACUAUUACCGCCGUGACAUCGUGCUCAAGAGCGGUGGGCGCAAGUACACGUACCGCUUUGGGGGACGUGUGCCGGUCCUUCCCUAUCCGGAUAGCAUGGGCCACCUGCCAGGUGCAGGAAGUCAAUAAAAACACCCUGUCGAA